AUGGACGAGAUCGCCAAGGAGUACGACGUUGUUGUCCUCGGCACUGGCCUGACCGAGUGCAUUCUAUCUGGUGUUCUCAGUGUAAAGGGCAAGAAGGUUCUGCACAUUGACAGAAACGAUCACUACGGAGGUGAGGCUGCCUCCGUCAACCUCGAAACUCUCUUCAAGAAGUACGGCAACUCGACAGAGGGGAAGCCCUGGGAAAAGUAUGGCCGCCUCAACGAUUGGAACAUUGACUUGGUUCCCAAGCUGCUCAUGUCCUCUGGCGAGCUGACCAAUAUUCUUGUCUCUACCGACGUCACUCGUUACCUGGAAUUCAAGCAAAUCACUGGCAGCUUUGUCCAGCAGGGUGCUUCUCCCAAGGUUACUGUUGCCAAGGUUCCCUCUGAUGCUGGCGAGGCCCUCAAGUCGCCCCUUAUGGGCCUCUUCGAGAAGCGCCGCAUGAAGUCCUUCAUCGAGUGGGUUGGCACCUUCGAUCCCAAGGAUCCCGCCACUCACAAGGGUCUCGACUUCAACAAGUGCACCAUGAACGAGGUGUACGACAAGUUCGGCCUCGAGGCUGGCACCAAGGACUUUAUCGGCCACGCCAUGGCUCUAUAUCUUACCGACGACUACCUCACCGCCAAGGGUGAGGCGCCCAACGCCAUCGAGCGCAUCCGCCUCUACGGCAAAUCCGUCGCUCGCUACGGCAAGUCGCCCUACAUCUACCCUCUGUACGGUCUCGGCGAGCUUCCCCAGGGUUUCGCCCGUCUCUCCGCCAUCUACGGUGGUACUUACAUGCUCAACACAAACAUCACCGAGUUCAUCAAAGAAGGUGACAAGACUGUCGGCAUCAAGGCCACCAUGACUGGUGUCGAGGAAAUGAAGUUCGAGACCCGUGCCAAGAUGGUUCUGGGCGAUCCCUCUUACUUUCCUGGCAAGACCAAGGUUGUUGGACACGUCCUUCGAGCCAUCUGUAUCCUCAAGCAUCCUCUUGCCGGUACCAACGACAGUGAUUCCUGCCAGCUCAUCAUUCCUCAGUCUCAGGUGGGCCGCAAGAACGAUAUAUAUAUUGCUUGCGUUUCUUCUGCCCACAAUGUUUGCCCCAAGGGCUACUGGGUCGCCAUCGUUUCGACCAUUGCCGAGACGGAGGCCAACCACCACCUCGAGCUCCAGCCCGGUCUUGACCGCCUCGGUGCUAUCGAGGAGCAGUUCAUGGGCCCUCCCAUUCCCAUGUACGAACCCCUCGAGGAUGGUACCAAGGACAACGUCUUCAUCUCCAAGAGCUACGAUGCUACCAGCCACUUUGAGACUACAACCGACGAUGUCAAGGAUAUCUACCGCCGCGCCACAGGCGAAGAGCUCAAGGUCGAGGGCCUGAGAGAGGGCAUCGUCGUCGCUGAUGAGCAAUAA